AUGAGUGGCAUAGGCAUGCAGCGUGUCAAUGGGUCAUCACAAGCUGACUCUUCUAGAAACGAUAAUAAUAAAAUUGGCAGCAAAGACAAUACGUACUGGUGGGACGUUGCCCACGUGACAUCACGUCAUUAUGAAUUAGAACAAAUUCUUAAUCAUGAACGUAUAUUUGGUUUUCGACGAAUUGUUAAAUUAGUAGUUUAUCUCCUAUUUUUCUUGAUUGUUGUAUGUUCAUCUGUUGUGAGCAAAUUAAGUUUAUUCACAAUGAUUAAUGCUUACAAGAGAGACGAUCAGCCAAAUGAAUAUAUCAUCCGAUGGCAAUUGUUAUUAGUUUUGACACUAAUUGUUCCGUAUAUUUUUACAUUUAUUUACAGUGUGUCGUUGUCAUUAUUUUAUGUCAAAAAAUCCCCACCAUUUAUAUUAUUCAUAUGGGUUCAUAUCAUGGAAUCUUUACAUACCAGUGGUCUGGCAUUAUUGGUAUUCAAAGUUUUGACAGUUGUCGACAAUGUUACUGGUUUAUUCAUCAUGAACGGUGUUUGUUUCAUUCCAGCAUUGUUAAAAUUAUUAUGUGCACCUCGUCGACGUCUAAAUCGCUCAUUGAAAACGUUGACAUUAACUGUUGAUAUUAUGGCUAUUAUAAUGCAAGCGUGUGUUUGUUUCAUCCCAUAUAUCCUCUAUUUUCAUUAUAAUGACAAUAUUCGAGCAUUACCAAAAUCAAAAAAAGAUCUUUUGUGGACACUACCAUUAUCAUUAUUACUCAUUUCAUUUGGUUAUUGGGAAAGUUUUACUGCCGUAGGUUUUACAAAACAUCUUCUCACCGAUCGCCUAUCGCGAGCAAUUCGUUUAUUAAAAAAAACACGACCAAAAGUAUACAUGACGGCAAGUGUGUGGAAAAUAAUUAUCAUGAUAUCAGCUGCUUACUAUUUUUUACCAUCAACAAUUCCAAAAACAGAUUAUUUUAAUAUAUUCAAAAAUAUCACAAUGACAAAUUAUACCAAAUCAAUAGCUAGCGGUUAUUCACGAAAAGACGACAUUUUUAAAGUAUCGUAUGAGCUUUAUAUGCCAAUGGUUGUUCAAAUUGUAUCAUCGUGUAUCUGUUAUUAUACCGGAAGAAUAGCUUGCAAAGUAUUAAUGCAAUGUUUUGGCUUUUCACUACCGUUAACAAUAUCAUCAUUAAUUGCAUACAGUGUGUUAUUUUUUGCUAAUGGCUUCACAAAUGAUAUUAUACCAAUUGGACGUUUGUUUCGUUUGGAUAAACCACAAGGUAAUAGAGGAUGCUGUACUUUGGAUUCAAAGCUUUUGCCAAUAUCAUUAAUUGGCUUUUUGCUCUUAUGGCUUUCAAAAACGUGGAUAACUAGUCAUGUUUGGUUCCCGAAUUCAGAACGUUUGGCAAUGAUACACAAAUUAUUUGUUGUACCAUUUUAUGAAUCACCUAUUGUUGAACAAAAUUUGUUAUUAAACAAAACGCGAAAAGACGAGAUAGAACUGAAAGAUAAUGUUGAACCAGAUAUUCAAGGUGAACGAAAAUUUCCUGUACCGAUGAUUUAUGUUUGUGCAACCAUAAUCGAUUCUGAUCAACAUGCUCGCCGUUCCGUACAAAAACAUUUGCAUGUAAUUGAUCCAGAUUAUUAUCGUUUCGAAACACAUAUUUUGUUUGAUGAUGCAUUCGAAGAUGAUGAACUAGGAAAUAGAGUUCCAAAUCGUUAUGUUAAACAACUUGCAUUGACUGUUAAUGUUGCUGGAGCUUAUGUGCACGGUGUUGAACAAGUUGUAGAUGAUCCAAUCAAGAUUCCAACAUCAUAUGGUGGACGUCUUGUAUGGAUUUUACCUGGAAAAAAUCGUCUAAUUGUACAUUUGAAAGACAAAGAUUUAAUUCGCCAUAAAAAACGUUGGAGUCAGGUCAUGUACAUGUAUUAUUUAUUGGCAUUCAAACUAUUGAGAAGAAAACAGGGCCAUAAUAUAUCUCACCAUACAUCACGAACAGAAACCGAUUUUAUUGGUUUUAGUGACUUUUUAAAAAAUUUAUCUGAAGACAAGAAAAUAUUGGCUCAAAAUACUUUUAUCUUAGCAUUGGAUGGUGAUGUUGACUUUCGACCUGAAGCUGUUCUUCUUUUGGUUGAUCGUAUGAGAAAAAAUCCAAAAGUUGCUGCUGCAUGUGGUCGAAUUCAUCCAACUGGUGAUGGUCCAAUUGUGUGGUAUCAACAAUUUGAAUACGCGGUUGGUCAUUGGCUUCAAAAAGCAGCCGAACAUAAAUUAGGAAGUGUUUUAUGUUGUCCUGGAUGUUUUUCAUUAUUUCGUGGUUCAGCGUUAAUGGAUGAUAACGUAAUGAGACGUUACGCUGAUAAAUCAACGGAAGCACUUCAUUAUGUUCAAUAUGAUCAAGGUGAAGAUCGUUGGUUAACAACAUUACUAUUACAGCAGGGUUAUCGUAUUGAAUAUUGUGCAGCAUCAGAUGCUUUGACUCAUGCACCCGAAACAUUUCGUGAAUUUUUUAAUCAACGUCGUCGUUGGAUGCCAUCAACAAUGGCAAAUAUAAUUGAUUUAUUAAAAGAUUCUCGCCAUACGAUUCAUGUUAACGAUAAUGUAUCAAAAUUAUUCAUGCUUUAUCAAGCUGUUUUAUUUGUAUCUACCGUUCUUGGUCCAGGAACAAUUUUAUUAACAAUAGCAUCAGCAUUGAGAACUGUCUUCUCAAAUUUAACAUUAGCCGAAUCGUAUACAUUAGCUGUAAUGCCAGCCAUUUUCUACAUUAUUAUCUGUUUGAAGACAAAAGUUAAUACACAAAUAGCUAUUGGAGCAUUUAUGACCGCUGUUUAUGCACUUGUUAUGUCAAUGGUACUUGUUGCAACAGCUGCACAAAUAUUUAAAGCACAAGUAUUAAGUCCAAGUGCUGUAUUUUUACCAAUUGUUGCAAUUGUGUUUAUGAUCACUGGUGUACUUCAUCCAUCAGAAAUAUUAAAUUUAUUACAUGGUUUUCUAUAUUUGGUUACCCUACCAGGUGGCUAUCUAUUUCUAGUUACUUAUGCAUUAUGCAACUUACAUGUUGUCUCUUGGGGAACAAGAGAAACAGAAACAGUUAAAAAGCAACCAAUUGAACAUGUUGAACAAAAAGACGGUUCGUAUUUGCACGGCAGAAAUAAUCAUAAUACAUCUAGUUAUCUACCUUUAGUCAACAAGAAAAAACGUAAAUCAGAUGUAAUAGCUAAUCUAAUCUGGGGUGAUAGUGAUGGACAACAUGGACAAAAAGGUUUAAUUACUCAUAUUGGUGAUGCAUUUCAACAAAUAUUUCGACCAACAGCUAAAAAACAAGAAGUACUUUUACAAGCAAUUAUCGACAAAUUAGAUAACAUCAAUAAUACAAAAGAAAAGCAAUCGGUUUCUGAAAAUCCUGUUCACACAUCGAAUCAUUUACAUGUUGAUGGUUCUACACGAUUUAUCAGUACUCAUCAACAUUCUGAUGCAAUAUCAGAAACAAAUAUGGUACCCACAUCAUCAGUAGCAUCAGAACAUUCAUCGAUUAUAGUACCUAAUUCAACUAUGCUCAGUCGAAAUUAUAUGUAUAAUCCAUAUUGGUCUGAAUUACCGUGGCUCGGUUCUGGUCCAAUUGGAUUUUUAAAUACGGAUGAAAUUAGUUUUUGGAAAGAAUUAUUAGAAAAAUAUUUAUCACCAUUAGAUAAAGAUCCUGAAGAAGAAAAACGUAUUAAACGUAAUUUAAUUGAUUUGAGAAAUAAUGCUGGUUUUGCAUUCUUUAUGUUAAAUGCUCUAUGGAUUAUCUCACAAUUUCAAUGUGAAUAUGUAUCGGGAAAAUUUAGUGAAUUUAUGAUUGAUUUAGGUCGUGUGUAUAAUCGUCCGGGACAAAAAGUACAAGCAUUAGGUUUAUUAUUUAUGACAUUUUUUUCCGCUUGUUUAUUAGUUCAAUUUUUAACAAUGUUACUACAUCGUUGGGGUACAUUUAUUGAAAUUCUAGCUAGUACAAAAUUAUUUGAAAAACAUCGAAAAUAUAAAAUAAAACCGGGUACAAAAUUAGAUGGCAUAUCAACACAAGAAGCGAUUGAUUUAUUAAAAGAGAUGGAUGUUGAAUUAGCUAAUUUGUCACCACCAACAACAGCGACACGUACUGUUACAGCUAAUCCAAAUGUACUUGAAAUAACGGAUCAUCUAGACCAAUCACAACAACGAUCACAACAUCAACAAGAACAUUAUCGUCAUCCACACAAUUAUUAUUUUGAUGAAGAAGAUGAAGAAUUUUUAAAUGAAGAUACAAUUAUUAGUAUACCACCACCAGAUUAUUUCGAUCAUCCUGCAGUUCAAGAAGCAACGGCAACGCCUCGAAGAUAUAAUAAUGGUAAUUAUUGA